AUGGAACGCAUCAGGAGAAGACUCAGUUUCACGCCGAAAGGAUCUACUCCGACGGAGAGGCCGAACCUGGAGAAUGAUCGGCUCCGACAGGUGGACCGUCUGCAGAGUCAGGUCGAAACUCUCACUAGCCAAUUAAAAAAAUCUCGACAAAGCGAGCGUGCAAUGUGCACCGUGGUCAACUCUCUCAAAGGAAAGCUCGACGUUGCGCAGAUGCAAAUUAAUAAAGACGAAGCACUUUUAGAGGAGGCCAACACACGAAGAAUCGACCUGCUAGAGGCUAACAGCGAUAUCGAGGAGUUGAGGCGAAAGUAUGUGCAGUCGCAGCACCGCGAGUGGGAGCUCGCUAAAGAAAACGAGCUUUUACGCCGACAGCCGGAUCAGUCCGACAUUUACAAGCUUGCUAUCAGACAGCACGAUGCAGAACAGUACGCAAGCCUCAUGGAGGCUGAAAUUCAAGGUGAAAAGCACGAAAGCCGUGUUGCUGAGGUCACUUCCCAGUUUGCCAAGGAGCGUGAAGAAGUGCGAGCUCAGCUGCAAGAGAAGUCGGGAUAUAUCCACACACUGGAGCAGGAAAAUCUGCGUUGUCGUCUCUACAACGACGAUGUAGAGCAUCGGUGCGCCGAGCUCGUCAAGCUCUGUGAUGCGUCUGAGCGCCAAGUGGCGCAGAACGCCAGGCUGAAAUCACAAUUGAGGGCUUCGAAAGCUCAGAACGCUGAGCUCAACACCCAGCUUGCGGAUCAACGGAGAAGAUUGGACAUUACGGACCUUCUCCUGCAAGGCGAGAUACGCAAGGCAGCACGUGCUGCUAAAGAGGAGGAUGGUCCAGACAGCGCACUUCAUGAGAGAAUGAGCGAAAAUGUCCGCAUGAUGGCCGAUAUCGAAGCUCGUGUCCAUGCGAUGAUGGCAAAAGACCUUAACGUUAGGGUCUACGAACCGGAAACGGAUCCUCUGCUCCGCAUCAAGCAGCUCGAGCGAGAGAUCGAUUACCACGUUCGGGACAUUAUCCUGUAUAAAAUGGACGUCAGAGGUUACAAGAAGGAUCUGAAGCAGGCUGCGUCGCAGAUCGACAAGCUUCUGAGUGUCACCUCAACUCCUCGCCUAGUCAACGUUUCGAAGCACCCGCCUCUCCCCUCGCCGGCGUCGUCACGCUCGAACACCACCAACGGCAGUGCUCCCCUAGCCGGUCUGGGAAUCUCCAGCUUUCACGCAUCUUCAUCACCGCACACUCCCAGACCGCGAUCCGCAGCGGCGGAUCCAAGCGAUCUGCUCCUUCCGCAUGCACCAACCGACGCCGCACCCACCCGUUCAAAGACGCCAUUAGGCAAGCACAAAAGGCUCCCUAAAACCCCUUCAACAGCGAACAGCCCACCGACAGCAUCCUCCUCUUUCAGUGAACCUCGCACCCCGCCACCACAGCCGCACCGCUUGACGCGUCCGAAAUACGCAUCUACCCCUCCAUCAUUCGCCACCCAGCCAGUAGUAUCUGAACAUCAAGCAACCCACACCCGCAUCGACUCCGCUGUUACGGGAUACGAGGCCACGCCUAAGACGCCAGAGCGGGGGCCGCCGCUGAGGCGAGGCACUGAGCGCUCGCUGUCGGAGUCCAUCAUCUCGUCUUAUGCGAGCUCAAGGUCGCCGGAGACGAUGCCGGUGGCGGGGAUUGGGGAGGCGAAGUAA